AGCAGGAGGAGAACCGACGGCGCGCCUAACCACCGCCAGUUAUAGGCCGUGGCAGGGAGACUGCGGCGGGGUUUUGCCGGAGCACGUUUCGGGGUUCGGAGAGAGGGGGCAGGCACCCCCGAAUUUGGGCGUCCGGAGCGCAGGAGCCACCAUUGAUUUCCUGCGGGUGGCUCGCAGCGACGGGCUGGGCGCCGCCGCCGCCGCCGCCGCUGCCGCCGCGGGCAUGGCCAAGCCGGUUGACCACGUCAAGCGGCCCAUGAACGCCUUCAUGGUGUGGUCGCGGGCGCAGCGGCGCAAGAUGGCUCAGGAGAACCCCAAGAUGCACAACUCGGAGAUCUCCAAGCGCCUGGGCGCCGAAUGGAAGCUGCUGAGCGAGGCGGAGAAGCGGCCCUUCAUCGACGAGGCCAAGCGCCUGCGGGCCAUGCACAUGAAGGAGCACCCCGAUUACAAGUACCGGCCGCGGCGAAAGCCCAAGACGCUGCUCAAGAAGGACAAGUUCGCUUUCCCCGUCGUGCCCUACGGUUUGCCCGACGCCGCCGAGCAUCACGCGCACCAUCUUGGCCACCACCACCCGGCCCUCAAGGCGGGCGCCCUCCACGGCCACGAAGCCCUGCUGGCCAACCCGGAGAAGGCGGCCGCAGCCGCCGCAGCUGCGGCCGCGCGCGUCUUCUUCCCCCCGACGGCGGCCGCGGCCGCGGCUGCUGCUGCAGCGGCCGCUGCUGGCAGCCCUUAUUCUCUGCUCGACCUGGGCUCGAAGAUGGCAGCGGAAAUCUCAUCGUCGGCGUCUGGAGGCUCCGGCGGAGGAGGCGCGGCGUCGGGGUUGCCCUACGCCUCAUCGCUGGCUUACCCGACGGCUGGCGGCGCUUUCCACGCGGCGGCGGCGGCGGCUGCCGCGGCUGCAGCCAGCGGCGGCCACACUCACUCGCACCCGUCCCCGGGUAACCCGGGCUACAUGAUCCCCUGCAACUGCAGCGCCUGGCCCAGCCCGGGGCUCCAGCCCCCGCUGGCCUACAUCCUCCUGCCGGGCAUGGGCAAGCCCCAGCUGGACCCCUACCCCGCGGCCUAUGCGGCGGCCCUAUGACAUCCUGCCCCCCACGUUGGACCCCUGUACAGAGGAAGCCUGUGGGGCGCCUGGGGGCUGGACUCCGACGCCGGACUCUAGCCGACUGGACCCUCUUCUUCCCAGCCUGCUGCUGCUGUUGCUACCGCCGCCGCGGUGCCCUCCAGCCAUCUGCUCUACGGGGCCGCCGACUGGGGUUUCCGGACGAGAACAUUUCGCCUCUCCAUCCGUCUUGUCGCCUCCUUCGCCGCCCGUCCAUUUCUUCAACCUGUUGCCUUCCCUCCCCCCCUCCAGAAUCUGCUCGCUCUGCUCCUGUCCUCGGGUUUCCUCGACGGAUUUGCUGGAGGGUGAUGGGUGGAGAGAGAGGAGAGAAGUCGCGCGUUUCCUUGCCGGGCAUCCCGGUGGAGACGCUUCGGGUAGCCCGUUGCCUUUUCUCCUCGACGUCUCAUGGGAUUGCCUUUUUCUUUUCUUUUCUUUUCUCUCUCCUUAACCUCUCCUCCC